AUGCAGCGGAACCGCAACAUAGUCGAACUGCUUGACCGUGGACUCUACAGGGAAGCCAUCUCCCUGCACUCUCUGCUCCACUCCGCCGGGCUUCCCUUCAACGGGUUCACUUUCCCUCCUCUUUUCAAAGCAUGCGCCAGCUUCGAUUCCCCUCUCCAGGGCCAAAUCCUUCACGCCCAGCUCCUCAAAUCCGGCUUGCACCUCCACACCCACUCGGCCACUGCCCUCACCAACAUGUACAUGAAGCUACUUUUGCCGCAUGACGCAGUCAAAGUGUUCGCUGAAAUGCCUCACCCAAACUUGCCCUCGCUCAAUGCUGCCAUCUCGGGAUCGGCGAGCAUCGGUCUUUGCAAGGAGGCUUUUGCAUUGUUUCGAGAGGUGGGUUUUGCUGGGUUCAGGCCCAAUUCAGUUACCGUGGCGAGUGUUCUGACUGCUUGCUACAGUCCGGAGCUGUGCCGCCAGGUGCAUAGCUGGGCGGUCAAGCUGGGCGUGGGCGGUGAUGUUUAUGUCGGGACGGCGUUGGUGACGGCGUAUAGCGGAUGUGGGGAGAUCAUCGUGGCUAGUAAAUUGUUUGGAGAGAUGCCGAACAAGAAUGUGGUGAGCUUUAACGCUUUUGUCUCUGGGCUUCUGGAUAAUGGGAUGCCCAGUUCGGUGUUGAACGUUUUUAAGGAUAUGAGGGAGAGCUCAAGUGAGAGGCCGAAUUCAGUUAUUCUGAUCUCCGUGCUUUCUGCCUGUUCUAGUCUUUUGUAUCUUCAGUUUGGGAAGCAAGUCCAUGGAUUCAUGGUGAAGACAAUGGAGACACUAGAUACUAAAGUGUGGACAACUCUUGUUGACAUGUAUUGCAAAUGUAGGUCUUGGAGGUGGGCAUAUGAUGUCUUUUGCGAACUAGAUAAUAGAACUAGGAACUUGGUCACGUGGAACUCGAUGAUUUCUGGUCUAAUGUUAAAUGGUCAAAGUGACACCGCUGCUAAAUUGUUUGGACUAUUAGAAUCCGAAGGGUUGGAACCCGAUUCAGUAACAUGGAACUCGAUGAUCAGUGGGUUUGCACAGUUGGAUAAGGCCAGUGAAGCUGUUCACUUCUUCAGAAAGAUGCAAGCUUCUGGCACCAUCCCCAGUUUGAAGUCUGUUACAAGUCUACUGCGAGCUUGUGCAUCUCUCUCCUCCAUGCAGCAUGGGAAAGAGGUCCACGGGCAUGCUAUAAGAACUGAUAUUCAAAAUGAUGAAUUUCUGGCAACAGCAUUGAUUGACUUGUAUAUGAAAUGCGGCAGUGUUUCUUGGGCAAGGAAGAUCUUUGACGGAUUUUACCUGAAGCCUAGUGAUCCAGCAUUUUGGAAUGUCAUGAUAUCAGGGUAUGGAGCAAACGGGGAGAGUGAAUCAGGAUUCAAGAUUUUUUAUCAGAUGCUCAAGGAGAAGAUGAAGCCAAAUUCGGGUACUUUUACUGCUAUUUUGUCACUGUGCAGUCACACUGGUCAAGUUGACAAAGGAUGGCAGGUUUUCAAGAGCAUGACUAAUGAAUAUGGCUUGAUUCCCAAGCCAGAGCAUUUUGGUUGCAUGAUUGACCUUCUGGGUCGAAAUGGGAGGUUGGAUGAAGCUCGGAAGCUAAUGGAGAUUGUACCAGAGCAAUCCACUUCAGUCUUUGCCUCGUUGCUUGGUGCUUGUAGGCAUCACUUGCAUUCCGACUUGGGAGAACAAGUGGCUAUGAAGCUGAUAGAGUUGGACCCAUCUGAUCCAACUCCUUUUGUGAUGCUUUCAAAUAUAUAUGCUGCUGGUGGAAGAUGGACAGAUGCAGAGAGAAUCAGAAUGAUGAUAAAUGACAGAAGACUGAAAAAACUUCCUGGAUAUAGUUUGAUGGGAGUCGCAUAA